AUCGAAUCUCUACUUGCGAUAUGCCUCACUGCUCAUCAGCCAUUGUGGCUCAACUUGCAAGGUUGGUGACAGCAGGAUUUCUCUUCGACUCGACAUGAGCGGCACUCUGAGCUUGAGCUUUCCGCAUUGCGAGGUGAAACUGGGCCAUGAGGAGUUGUGCCGGACCAAUCAGUGGUGCCAGAGCUUUGCAUUUGCUGGGGUCGAGUUCAACUGGUACUUGGAAGGAUCACGUUUUUGGCUGACGUCCACCAGGCCAGCCGUCUUUGAGGUGAACUGUCGCGUGACCGGAGAAAAAGUGGUGCUUCCAAGCUCCAGGGAACAGGGCUAUCACGGUCACUCCGCAUCCGAUUGUGCCGAUGGCACCGUUCACGCGUUUGACAUCACAAUCCUGGAGCUGGAUGGGGUGUGUCUCAGGUUGAGGUCACAAAAUGCUUGUAUGAACGACUUGGUGAAGCUCGGGAAGCAAGCAGAGGAGCAACUCCUGUGGGUCUCUCAGGACCUGCUUGCCAUGCGUGCAGGAGACCACCACCAAGCUGCGGCAGAAUACCACCAAGCUGAACACAGGACGAAGACCAUGGUCACUGCUUGUGUGGAGAUUCAAUCCAAGUUGCGUUCCUUCCUGCAGCAGCAGCGCUACCAGCAAGAAUGUGCCACCGCCUCUUCGAAGAUUCAAUGCACGUGGCGUCAGUUUCUGCAGCAGCAGCGCUCCCAGCGAGACUGUGCUGAGCAGGAUCGGCGGAACAGGCGCCAGAAGGCGGAGCGGGCAAUCACCGCAUUCCAACGCCUCUGGCGCUUGCGGCAGAAGAGGCGCCAGCGCAGGUGGCAGCUUGAGCAGAGCUUGGAAGUGGAGACGACUCCCUACGAUGCCAUCCUUGCUGUUAGCUCCUUGGCAGAGUUCCUCUCAACUCGGGAGAUCAAGUUCCUCCAGAAGGCAGAAUCACACUUUGAGAUUGCCAAGGAAAGUCGGUAUCGCAUCGUGGCAGUGGUGGGCUUGUUCGACAAGGGCAAGACCUGGCUCAUCAAUAAGUUGUUUGGAGUGAAGUUGGCUUCAGGCAAACUUUGCACCACAAAAGGCUUGAGCUUCCUGUGGAUCAAAGAGAGGCGCAUGUUGGUCCUUGACUCCGCCGGUGUGCAGUCUACUGUGUCCUACAGGGCACAGGCCGUAGAUGCAACCCAUGAUGCUCAGACCACAGAGUCCUUGAUGUUUGAAAUGGUCUCCCGAAUUGCCCAUCACAUGGUGUUCGUGGUGAAUGACCUCACUUGGUUCGAGCAGAAGUAUGUUGCCAUGCUUCACCAGAAGUAUGUCCAGUCAAAACAGCACAAGGAGCUCAUCGUUGUCCACAACUUGCGGAACACCACAGAUGUGCAAGAAGCACAGAAGCUUUUCCAACGUCAGGUGAUGCUUUGCUACGAUGGGGAACCCUCGCAUUUGGGCCAGCUGAUUUUCACAGCUGAUGCUGGAGAGGGAGCUCCACCAGUACAUCAUGUGGGCCUUUGCUAUGAGUUCUCCGCGACAGGAGACGCAUUCAAUUCGAAAAAUCGAGACUACCUACUCCAAAGCUUGGAGCAUGGAAACACGCUUGGCUCCAACAUUGUGCUUACUGACUUGCUGUGUGCUGAGCUGUCGCGGCUGUUGCCCAAGUUUGUCAGCAUUGAGAACACAGAGCCAGAGGCAUCAGAGAGCAUUCAAUGUCCCGCCAUGCUAUCAGUGAAGUUCGAGUCUCGAGCUGAGCAUGCUGAUCCACAUGCUGAAAGUGCAGUCUACACUCCCUUGGGCAGCAUGUGCAUACAUCUCUCUCCAGAAAAGGCUCACCUUUCCACCAAGACACGUGGUGUCAUUUCGCCUUUGGGAGAGAUCAUAGCGCAUGACGUGAGCUUUGAUCCCAUUGUGAAUGUCUUUGACAAGAGCAUCAGCACAGGCAUCCAGCGCUUCAUUCGCAUUGAAUGUCCUGGAGUCGUCGACGAUGACAUCGAGUGGGAAGAGCUGCCAAAUGGAGUGAAGAUCACCAUCAACAAGAAACCUCCCAUCGAAGAGCAUUCAGUUCAGCCAGUUGAGCCCAUCAGG